GGCGAACGAUGGAGAAUCUCGACUCUCGACGCAUGGUGGCAGUUUCAUUCUUGGGAAGAAAGAGAGAGAGAGAGAGAGAGAUAUGAAGCCUUUGAUAAUAUGGAAACAAUUCUCUGAACAUUUGAAAUCAUCUUCCAAAUCUGAAUUUUUUUUCUCCUGAGUUGAGACUUUGUUCCUUCUUCAUCAUCUUCUCUUCAUAUCCUUCACAUUUUCAGAAUCGCCAAUGAUAAUUUCGAAGAAUUACUAGUUGUUUAGAGGCGUAGCGGCGACCAGUCCCUCUCUCACCUGUGCGUUUCUGAUCCUUUCCAUCAUUUCCAGGUUCUUCUGGUAUCUAAAGAGAAAAAACUGCAUUUUUUUGAUAAUUCUGAUGCAGCGGCAGUGAUGAGGACAAUGAUAAUGAUGGUCACAACAGUGAUUGCAUUAACAAUCACUCUGUUGAUGGUGAUAGUCGUGGAUGCAGUCGAUUCAAACCCUAUAUUUGAUCCCUGCACUGAUGCAAAGGUUCAGAAAUCCGAUGGCUUCAGCUUCGGGCUUGCAUUUUCCUCUAAAGAGUCAUUCUUCCAAAACCAGAUACAGCUCUCACCAUGUGAUCAUCGCCUUCCCCUAUCAAGCACAAAUGCUCAACUUGCUGUCUUUAGGCCAAAUGUUGAUGAGAUCUCUCUCCUUACCAUCAACAGUGGUACCUUCUCACCGCAAAUGCAUGGCGGUCACAUGGUAGCAUUCGCUGGACGAAAAUAUGCAGCAAGAUCAAUCCCUGUUUUUGUUGCAGAUAGUAACCACAUCAUAACCAGUUUUACUCUGGUACUUGAAUUUGAUAAGGGUACACUACAGAACUUGUUCUGGAAGAAAGAUGGGUGUGCAAAAUGUUCUGGAAAAUCAUCUUUCAUUUGCCUUGAUGACCAAGGCUGUGCUAUCCAACUCUCUAGUUGUAAAAGCCAGGGAGGAUCAGUUGACUGCAGUAUCGGAAUACAAUUGGCAUUCUCAGGUACAGAUAAGAACGAUAAGGUUCUUAACUCGUGGUAUGAGGUGAAAAAUAUCCGGCAGUACUCCCUCUUUGGCCUGUAUUCCGACCUAAAGGAUUCUCUUACGAGCCAAUUCAACAAUAUUAUCUAACUGGUAGGCAUUUCUUGUUCAUCAUUAAGCUGUAGCAUGUUGUAGCUGCCUAAUUUCUGACCACCAGAAGAUGACCAUUCUAUGUUUCCUGUAUUAAUAUGCAUCGCACAUUGUAAUUGUUGUUAAAUAUAUGAAUGAUCUCUAUAUAUUUCUGUUCUAAA